AACGCCAUUAACAAGACUGUUCCCGGCACCCUUUCAUACCUAACACUUGCCCUCCCCAUCACCAAGCAGUACCUCCAGAAUCAACCAACCAAACUCGCCCGUACUACCCGUCCAGAAGUUUCAUCACCACACCCCAAAACUCCCUUCAACGGUGAAAUCUUCGCGUCUCAAUUUUUCUUCAUCACAUAACCACACAACCCCGCCAGAUUCAUCAUUUUUGAGCGACUUUUUCCAUCUGGAUGACUUCGCUCAACCCAUCCCCCUUCUUUUUAGCGCGUUAAUCGGAUGCUGUGUUCCCGAAAUAGACUCGAUGCUCCGUGACGAGCUACUCCGCUCCAAGAACGAUGAGAUCGCACGUUGUUUGUUGUCGCGGAAGCGCAAACUGAGCGAGCUCUACUUUGCGACCGUAGGCUUCGCGGGCGCGACCGAGAACGCUCCGACCAAUGCGCUAUAUCACCAAAAAGAACAGACAUUUCUUGACGCCAACGACCUCUCUAAAGGUCGCUAUUUCAAUGAAGCUACUCUUCCACCCUUCCCCGACUUUGCAGCUCUCAUCCCGCGCCCUGAAGAACAGCAGACAUCGCCGGAGGUAAUUGAACCAGUUGUCCAAACACAAGAUGUCUCCUCUGUCAAUGCGCCUAAAGCGGAAGGUGCCGUUCGAGGCAUCGCGCCCAGUUUCCAGCAGCGGGAGGGACAGACUGCACAGGUGAUUGAACAGAGCUUGAUUGAAGGUUCGCUUAAGAAGGAUGAUGCGCGCAUCCACCAGCAGCCGGCGCUCGCUGCAACUUCCGAAAUCCCGCAGGUCACCAAGUCCCAUGCGACGCUUGCGCAACCUGACCAACUGCUGCGAAAGGCGAGCUUUGCAGUGCCUGAAACUCCACCUACAAGUACCAGCCACGAGUCGGUGGAUGUCAGCGUUUCUCCGGCUCUGAAAGAACAGCCCCCCGGCGAAGUCGCACCUCCGCGCGCGGUCUCAAACCAACUACCGUCUGCGCAAAGAAAGCCUGAAAGUCGGCCGUCUCUAGUAUUGGCUCAGCCUUUGGAAGAUCAACCUCUCUCGCCCGCCUCGUCCGCAGGUCCUUAUUCCAACAACACUCCGGCCCCUGUCGCUGUCUCCCCUGAUACCAGCCCCGCCGAGGAAGUUACAGAAGGAGCGGAUGAAGUUGCGCUGAGCCCCAAACAUGUUGGACCAGGACAUUUACAGCCAGGCUUGGUCCCCUCGACGCCGGACGAACAGCUUCAGCUGGAGGCGGCGCAAUCUCUUCAACAAAACACCUUAGCAAGCAAGUCGAUCGGCGACGUUACAACGGCAAGCAGUCUGUCCAAUGAAGUAAUCAAAGAGGAUGUUGGUCACACCCCGUCUGCGGCAGCCGAUCCAUUAAAGGAGACACAAGACCAGACUUCCGCAUCUGUAGUGCCUCCUGAACCCAAGAGACCAGAUGGAGUUGUCGUCACUCCCGAGGAGUCCCAGCCACCGGCACAGCGUAUACAGGAAGAGACCCAGCCUCAAGUGGGCGCUGAAGUUAAGGCGGUUGCGCCAACGACUCCGGCUGGCAAGAAGCCAACGGCGGCGACUAUGAUUCCUGCUCAACCAGAACGUAUGACAACUCGUGUAUCAUCGGGGGCCAUCCGACACAAGUCCGUAUCUGAGAUACUCGGCGAGACUCCAAAACCAUCUGUCGUGCAACCUGAGAAAGCUCAUCCGAUUGAGAAACCUGCUGAUAUGGUGCGGGCUCCUCCUAGCGCCUCGCCCGAAUCUGCAGCGAAGAUGCGCUUGAAAGAUAGAAAAGCACGAGAGAAAGAGAGGAGCAAGAUGUCGACUGUCGUUUUCCCCAAGCAGCAGCAACAGCAACAACAGCAACAAGAAAAGGAUGAUUCUUUGGAUAUUGUCCGCCAGUAUGCGGGCGAAUUAGCUAGGUUGAACGAGGAGCAGGACUAUCUAUUCACCUUGUUUCAGAAUAAGGCAUAUGCUCCUCCUCGAGGAACAAAUCUUAGUACACUGCUGGCUUCAGCUCACAAGACACUUACAACCUCCAACCACCUCCUUGAAUAUCAAGAACAGAUGGACUGCCGUACCUUACGUCGAAUCUAUGCCCUACAGAAUGCGAACAGAUGGCCGCUGCGCCAAUUGAAGCGCUCCGUUGAGCCUCCUCGGCAUGGAACGCAUUGGGACGUCCUGCUUGAUCAUAUGAAGUGGAUGCGCACCGACUUCCGCGAAGAACGGAAAUGGAAGAUUGCAGCGGCGAAGAGCUGUGCUGACUGGUGCGCCGAGUAUGUCAACAGUGACCCAGAGCAUCGUGCCCUUCUUCGUGUGCCGUGCAGGAUACCUUCUUCGAAUUUUGAAAAGAAAGAGGUCCACGCAUCCAGCAUGAUUUCACCGCCGGAGGAGACCACUGAGGAGAUGCUCGUUGUCUCGCAGCCUACUCCGGAUCUUAUACCGUCCGCAGAAGAUGAGUCCGUUAGUGACGGCUUCAACGACGAGAUACGCCACGAUCUCCGGGACACUGUGGCUCCAGCUGCAAUCUUCUCCCUUGGCUCGGAUGAAUUCACUUUCUCAUUAGACAUGACACCUGCGGCCCAGAAACUCCUUGAUGAACUGCCGAUAUACACACCUGUGAAGAUCGCUCCUGGGACCAAUCUGCCGAUGUUCGAGCAGCCUCCCGAUUCUGCCUGGAAAACCGAAUUACUGCCCGUCUCGAAAUAUGCUUCUGGUAGGAUCAAGUUUCACGAGACUGAGCCACCCAGAAAGCGUAGCCGCUAUGACUACUCUCAAUACGAUUCUAAUCCGGAGCACGGCAUGUUAGACUUGCCGCCUGAACAGACCAAUGUUGCGCUUUUCAGGCCUGAGAAUAAACCCAUACGGGAUCGGAUCCAUCCCGGUCAUUCCUUCAGGCCCCCAACUGAAUACCCUAUGCCUUCCGUUGGUUUCUUCGAGUCCAGGCAGUCCUCUCAGUGGACAUAUGCUGAAGACGACGAAUUGCGACGUCUUGUGAAGGAGUAUUCAUACAAUUGGUCGUUGAUAUCCAGCUGCCUUACUCCAUCAUCGCAGUUUACAUCGGGCGCUGAGAGACGGACACCCUGGGAAUGUUUCGAGCGGUGGGUGGGAUUAGAAGGACUGCCUGCCGACAUGUCGAAAACACAAUAUUUCCGCGCGUAUCACCAGAGGAUAGAAACUGCCCAACGCACUGUCUUGGCCCAACAGCAGGCUGCUCAGCAGCAGCAGCAGCAGCAACAGCAACAGCAGCAGGGGGGCAACAACAGUGGCCAAGCCCAGCCACCGAUUCGCAGGCGUACAACGCAACCUGUGCGAGUCGACAGAAGGAGGUCUUCGAAGCACCUUGCAUUGCUAGAUGCUAUGCGAAAGCUGGCUAAGAAGCGUGAGACGAUGCUUCAGAAGCAGCAACACGCUUCUCACCUUGCUUCGCUGAGGAAGGUCAAUGAAGCAAACCAGCCGAAGCCUCCGAUCUCGUCCCCUGCCGAGUUCAGUCGGCUCAAAUAUGAUCGGGAGUUGAAGCUUCAGGAGAGACAAGAGCAAUACCGUCAGCAAAUGAUAGCCCAGCAGAGAGCGAAUUUGGCAGCUCAGCGUGCAGGUCAAAUACCUAACCAGCAGCCGAUGAUGAACGCUCCACCUGGACGAACCCCUAACGGUAUACCUCAUAAUCCUGGAACUCCCGGUAUACCUGGCGCUACACCUAACGGGAUGCCUAAUGGAAUGCCCAAUGCAUUGCCGAAUGGCAUACCGCCAGGGGUGGGCGUCAGCCAAGGCCGACCUCACAUGCAAGGCAUGCCGACUGGCGGACCACCCAUGAAUGGCCCCAUACCUCCGAAUCCGAUGGCGAUGAAGAUGAUGCCGCAAUCCGGGAUGCCACAGGGUCCGGGUGGUCGACCUGGAAUGCCAAUGCAGACAUCUCCGGAUAAUACCCGCGUUAUGCGCGAAGCGAACCGCUUACAAGAACAACAACGUAUCUUGCAGUCUCGGCAGCAGCCACCGCAGCCACCGCAACAUCAGCAACCUCAGGCUCAACAAGCACAGCAACAAUUUCACAAUCAGCAACAGUUCGGACCGCAAGGCUCUCAUUCGCCGAAUAUGAAUCUGCCUAAUGUCAACGGCACCCCGAAUAACCCAGCUAUGAUGGCGGCUCUCCAGGCCGGGAGUGGAAUGCAGAGCCCAUCUCUCCACAAUGCCAUGCCUCAAGGCGUGUCCACUCCGUCUCCUCGGAUGGGGCAGCCCAAUCUUCUAUCGGGCGGGGUUGUCCCGACGAUCAGUAGCAUCCAGAACCAGAUUCAACGGAGUAACCCUAACAUGCCCCCAGAGCAAGUGAACAAAUUGGCCACAGACCGGCUACAUCAGUACCAGCAGCAGCGAAUGUCCCAGGUGGCCAUGAAUGCAGCCGCAGGUAACAUGGCUAGUGUCCAGGCCAACUAUCAAGUUCCUCACGAUGGCAAUUUUCAGUCUCCUCAACCUGGCAUGAAUGGGGCACCGGGCAUGCAAGUUCCUCAGUCGCAAGGAUUCUCGCCUAUGAUGCGUGUCCCGCAGCCUGCUCAACAGAAUCGAAUGGGAGUAGGCAACUCACCCGCGAUGAAUGGCGCCCUUCCCCAGCAGAGCCGUAGCGCAACACCGCAAACACAGCGCAGUGGAAGUGCUCAAGCGGGCCCCGUACCAGGCUCAAGCAAGAGUCCUCAUCCCCCUCAGGCUCAGAUCCCUAGCGGCUGAGGCUCGGAAUCCGUGCUCUCUGGUGCAAAAAUCGUUGUCGUUUACUCGAUGCGCUACACUUCUUUUCUACUUCACUUGUACAUAUUUUGCCCACCCCAGAAUACUUUUAUUGCCCACUUCUCCCCAUCCUCCUUUCCGCGCUUCACGAUUGAAAUGUCACACCUCCCUUUCCCGCCCCCUCCUUUGCACCACUCGAGCUUCCUGUUGUCCGGGGUAGCCUCUUGCUCUGACACUUCAGUUCCACACCUUUUUUUUCAGACGCUGCCUCGAGCUGCACCCGAAUUUGACCCCAUGUAAUGGGAUGCAUGGGUAUACAUCGUGUGCUCCCUCUCGGGCUUUGACUCCUCGCGAUUGCUGAUGUUUUCACUACCUGUACUGAUAGGAUGGAUUUGAAAGUACUUGGACGUACUCGUGAAAAUCCGCAUGGAAAUGAUGAAAUCUAAGAAGCCAGCAAUGCUAAUUGUGC